AAUACAAUUCAAGUGUAAAGCCAUUGCAACCUUCAACUGUAUGUACAUUGUUGUCCAUGAGUACAUGAAACAGCAAAACCAUGUUCUAAUUGUCUUAACUGAAAUUUACUAAAACUAGGCAUCUGCUCUACUUCACCUCUAAAACUCCCAUAAACAAACAAAACUAAAACCAAAUGUAGAUAUGAUCAUAUAAGAGUUAGCAGAAGAUACAUUUCAGAAACAUCUUACCACUACCAAGCUUUCCAUCUGAAUAGCUGCAAACUUGUUUUGUCUUCAUUGGGAGAAAUCAAAUGGCAUAUGAGAGAAUAAUUGAAAACAAACACCAAAAGAAUCUAUUCAUGUCCAUCUUUACAUUCCAUUGUCGCCUUCUGCGUUGUGUUUCCAGGUGCUUUACAGCCACCACCAUCAUCUACCCAACAACCACAAGACAUGACGACUACACAAAACUCGAGAACCAACCUCAGACAGAACAUACCAACACGAAAAGAACAAUCAUCCUCGAUCUUGACGAAACCUUGGUUCACUCCACGACCCAAAUGCCUGGAGUCAGAUACGAUUUCAUGGUGCUGGUGAAAAUGGAAAGCGAGAUUAUGCCAAUCUUUGUGGUGAAACGACCAGGGUUGACUGAGUUCUUGGAGAGACUUGGCGAAAGCUUCGAAGUGGUGGUUUUCACAGCUGGUCUGGAAGACUAUGCUUCACAGGUUUUGGACAAGAUAGACAGGAAGGGUGUGAUCACGCAGAGGCUGUAUCGAGACUCGUGCAGGGAAGUGAAUGGAAGAUAUGUGAAGGAUUUAGCUAUGGUGGUGGGGGAAGAUCUUGGAAGUGUUUUGAUAGUUGAUGAUAAUCCGUCUUCUUACGCGUUACAGCCAGAGAAUGGAGUGCCUAUAAAGGCUUUUGUGGAUGACCUCAGAGAUCAAGAACUCAUGAAGCUUGUGGAGUUUCUAGAAAUAAGUUAUGCGUAUGAGGAUAUGAGGGAUGCUGUUCAGGAUUUUCUGGCUAACUAGUUGACAUAAUGUGUAUAUAUAUCUUACAUUUCCGAAUAUGUUUUUUUUUCAUUUCUGAAGUGUUGUUUUUAGAAAAAUAAUUAUAGGUAAAUAGGUUCUUUUUGCAUUGAAAAGGGAUGUUUCC